AAACACGUCCCUGACAAUGUACACAAAAUCUUUCAUCAGUCUUCACCGUACCCUACCCUGCAUAACGAAGCAUCUAACCAUAGAAACAUAGGCUGUUAUAGUCCCUAACCCUAUAGCUGUAACUUACACAGAAAUUUUAACACAUGACAAUAAUUAACUCAACACAUAAUUUACAAACAAUCCAUCUCCCAACCUUAUUUAAUGCACUUCACACAUUUCAAACAUACACUCGUUUAUUUACAUGUAACAUCAGUUAUAUCAUAGGCAUACCAUACCUACAUAUCUUCUAUUAUAUAUCAAUGUUACAAAAUAGAGGAGGGGGGGGGGGACAUACCCACUCCCACACACUUUCAAGUCGGUAUAGGGUUUCCAGGCCAAUAGGAGUGUUGUUGCUUGGAUGAGCAAAUGCAGACUUCAGCAAAACAUAUAACGCUGCAGUGCAUAACAUGCACCCACUCCCCAACCCCACACAAGGGUUUCUCUUGUUAGAUGUCGACGAAGUGAAAUGAAUAGGUGAAGGUGGGGGAAGGCAGUUAUAAAGCACACGGGGACUAUAAAACCGAUGAAAGGAAACUGACAAAAGAAGUGGGCGUGGUCGUUCAACCAAAGUAGCAACAUUGCUACCUCCCCUCCUAUACCACGCUCUAUACUCGAGAGAGUUUUCAACAAGACUGUUCUGAAAAGAUCGCGACCUCAUCUUGGUAGGCCAGCUCUCCAAAAUACGCAACGCACGUGUUGACUGGAUAUACUUCCGGUGGGGAACCAUCGUCCUCAGCGUCAAGUCCUGGCGACAUGGAGGACUUUAAUGAAGACAUGAAAAAAAGUUCAUCAAGAUUUCAAGUGGCUCGUGUGGAUUCUAAAACUGAUCGUCGUGAUAGUGGCGACAAUUCAAUAUCAGGCAGUGGUGAUGCAGGCGAAAGUCGUAAGUACAGCGUGCCCGAUUCGCCAGGAGUUGCGUUUUCCAUCAGCACAGACUCCGUUACACAGUCGUAUGAAACGACGACCAGGAAUUAUAUGUUGAACACUAUCGAAGCUUUACCAUGUGUGGAUAAUUAUCGCAAUAUUUUUUCUGCAACUGGUCAAGGCAUGAAAUCACGACCAACACUUGCCGAACUUCACGAAGAAAUGGAAGAUGGAGAGAUCCGAGGAAAGCAUAAGGAACCUCUACUUGCAGCUGAAGAAAGGACAUCUGAAGAGGUGGUGGUUACCAUGCCAGACAAACCUCCAGCAUCUUCUAUCAAAUUUGGAUGGAUUAAAGGUGUACUUGUAAGAUGCCUGUUAAAUAUUUGGGGUGUAAUGCUGUUCAUUCGUCUGUCAUGGGUGACUGGAAAUGCAGGUGUAGGUCUGACAUCUGUUAUUGUUCUGCUUUCAACAUUGGUCACAACACUAACUGCUCUAUCCAUGUCAGCCAUCUGCACCAAUGGAGAAGUCAAAGGAGGAGGUGCCUACUACUUGAUAUCUCGAAGCUUAGGACCUGAGUUUGGUGGUGCCAUUGGUCUAGUCUUCUCUGUGGCCAAUGCUGUAGCUGUUGCCAUGUAUGUGGUGGGCUUUGCUGAAACUGUGCGCGAUCUCAUGAAGACUCACGGAGCACAAAUGGUGGAUGACACCAAUGAUAUCAGGAUUAUUGGUUCAGCAACUAUGUUCCUGUUGCUAGCCAUUGCCAUCAUUGGAAUGGAAUGGGAAGCAAGGACUCAGCUGGUAUUGCUGGUUAUCCUUCUGAUUGCUCUUGUCAAUUUUUUGAUUGGCACAUUCAUACCACCAACCCCUAAAACUUUUUCAAGAGGUUUCACGGGAUACAAAGGAGAGACAUUUGCUGAAAAUUUUUUCCCCAAAUUUCAACAGGGAGAAGACUUCUUUUCAGUGUUUGCCAUAUUCUUCCCAGCAGCUACUGGCAUCUUGGCUGGAGCUAAUAUCUCUGGUGACUUAAAGGAUGCUCAAUAUGCAAUACCAAAGGGUACUCUCCUGGCCAUUCUCAUUACCUCAUCUGUCUAUGUGGCUGUUGCCUGGCUUGCAGGAGCAACUAUACUUCGAGAGGCAAAUGGCCUUAUACCAGGGGUGGUUUCAGCUGCUUCCAAUAUAUCAGGACUGCCCUCUGUGUUUGAUGCUGUGACAAAUACUUCUACUGCAGCAACAUCCACAUUUGCAGUGGAUCCAUCAACAACAGCAGCAUCAAAUGUCUUAACAGCUGAAUCGGUUGGAAAUUGUUCCCUUGUAAAGGAUGGCUGUACUUAUGGUCUUUUGCAUGACUUUCAGGUGAUGGAGAUGAUCUCAGGAUUUGGGCCUCUAAUCACUGCAGGCAUAUUUUCUGCUACCCUUUCUUCAGCUUUGGCCAGUCUUGUCUCAGCUCCCAAAGUCUUCCAGGCGGUGUGUAAGGAUCGCAUCUUCCCAUACAUUCAUGUAUUUGCCAAGGGUUAUGGUCCAAGUGAUAAUCCUCGCAGAGCUUACCUCCUUGCCUUUGCUAUUGGAAUGGGUUUUACCCUGAUUGGGGACUUAAAUGCCAUUGCUCCUGUGAUAUCUAAUUUCUUCUUGAUGUCCUAUGCACUGAUCAACUACUCCUGUUUUGAUGCAUCUCUGGCCAAUUCACCAGGGUGGAGACCAGCAUUUGGAUACUACAACAUGUGGCUCAGCUUACUUGGGGCCUUAGUUUGCUUGGCUGUCAUGUUCAUUAUCAACUGGUGGACUGCACUUAUAACUUUCAGUGUCAUCAGUGCCCUCUUUGUUUAUGUUCACUACAGCAAGCCAAAUGUCAACUGGGGAUCUUCAACACAAGCUCAUGUGUACCGCAAUGCACUUCAGUUUACAUUAAAACUUCUUCACACAGAGGAUCAUAUAAAAAAUUUCAGACCACAGGUGUUGGUUCUGUCUGGAUCUCCUGAUAAUCGUCCUGCUCUGGUGGACUUUGUAAACCACAUCACCAAGAAAGUUGGCCUUAUGAUCUGUGGAAAUGUCAUCACUGGCCAACAAAGUGAUAACUUGAGACAGCUCAACUCCAAUGCACCAUAUGACUACUUCACAAAACACCAUAUUAAGGCCUUCUAUUCUGCCACUAGUGCUGAUACAUUCCAGCAUGGCGUUCAAAGCUUGCUACAGAAUGUUGGUCUUGGCAAGAUGCGUCCAAAUACACUCGUCAUGGGUUUUAAAAGCAAUUGGACUGAAGAUGAGCCAGAAAGAGUGCUUGAAUACUUCAAUAUCAUUCAUGAUGCUUUUGACAUGAAUUGUGGUGUGGGUAUUCUUCGACUUAAAGAAGGAUUUGGCAUGGGUCUGGAUGGAGAUGGUACUGUCCAGAAUGGCAACUCUGAUGAUGAGGCCAGUGAUGAUGAACAUGCCAGUGAACAUAAUGGUAGCCCUGUUAGUGCCGAGUCAGCAAAGAUGUCUGUUGAGCUUAACAAGCAAAAAAAGCAUAUGAAGGUUGAGGUAGAGAAAUCUAGCAAUGGUCCUCAGAAGAUCAACACAGAGGUUAUAAAAUCCAUGAAUAAAUUCCGGAACAGGAAAGAGAAAGGAACAAUUGAUGUCUGGUGGCUUUUUGAUGAUGGAGGUCUUACUCUACUGAUACCUUACCUCUUGACAAACAAAGCACACUGGCGUGGUUGCCGCAUGCGCAUUUUCACCCCAGGCACCAGGAAAGGAGAACUGGAUAGAGAACAGAGACAGCUUGCCACCUUACUAACCAAAUUCCGUAUUGAGGUUAAAGACAUGCAGGUUUUGCCAGAAGUAAACAAGCCACCGAAAGAGGAAAGUGUGCACAUCUUUAACUCCUAUCUGGCUCCAUGGUUGCUAGAUGAGCAAAAAGGGGAAACACAAGAAGAGUUUCCUUGGAAGACAACAGAAGAGGAGAUGGAGAUCUUACAUGAAAAGACAACCAGGCAUAUCAGGUUAAAGGAACUGCUGAUAGAAAAGUCAAGUGAAGCAUCUCUAAUUGUCAUGACACUGCCAAUGCCUCGCAAGGGAACCUGCUCAGCGGGUUUGUAUAUGACAUGGAUUGACUUUCUCACAAGAGAUCUGCCUCCUAUUUUACUGCUUCGUGGCAACCAGACCAGUGUCUUGACCUUCUAUUCUUAGAUGCCACAAAUUUCAUUUGGGUCAGAAUAUUUUUCUCUUCAAUUGUUCUUGUUUCAGGUUUGCCAAAAGUUAUUUGAAUUGUUUAGCUAUCGUGUCAGAAUUGGCCUGGUAACCAACCAGUUCACUUAAAUGUAUGACAAAAAAAGUGUUACAAGAAUAAACUUGCUACUCUAAAUCUCACUUCUUAGCUAUUGUGGUCCACAUUUUAGCACCCACUUUAGCCAAUUUUCCACUGCCAAAAGUAUGUUUUAAAAGAAGUAACGGGAAUAAUUUAUGACUUACAUUUUGCAUUUGGUGUUUUUGAUACAUUUUACUGAAGUGAACAACAGUAUUGAACUUUUUAGGCUUCACAACUACACCUUGAAUAGUCCAAUAAAAAGAAAAUUUAAAAAACUGAAAAUAGGUUACUCAUUAGUUUUAUUCAGGUGCUGCAUUUAAAGUUCUUGAAAAGUUGCAGUUUUAAAUGGGUCAUUGCCAUUGAGAUGGGUGCUGGGAAAACUAGCUAAAGCAGGGAUUUUAUCACCAUAUCAUUCAUCAGAAAGGACCAUAAUGUUUGUAUUUAUUUAGCUUUUUAUAGGAACAAAAAAAAUAUUUCUGUACAGUUUUAUGACUCUACUUAAGGUGAAAUGUUCAUUAUUUAUAGGGCAUAACAUUCCAUUGUGAACAUAUAUUAAGCAUACAACAUCUUCCUUCUGUUGUUUCAUUCAUUGUUUCCAUGUUGCUGUGAAUGUAAUGGUUUUGCUGAGGCAUUUAUCAGCCUUGGCUUGCAUCCAGUAUCACAGCCUCUCCAAACAGUGAUCACAUAGUGUCAGCAUUUAAUAUCACAACCUUUCCAAACAGUAAUCACAUAGUGUCAGAAUCCAGAUAAGUCCGCAAAUGCACAAAACUGUAGACAGUUAUUUUUCAAGAUCAUAUCUUGAAUGCCAGCACACUCCUUUGACCUCAAUUUCAACCUCUAUGAUAAAUUAAAAGAUCUCCCAAAUUCUUUUUCCUUUCAUAAAGUAUUCUUAAUCAUGCAGGUCUAAAACAAAACAAAAUUCUCAUUAUCAUCAGUUCCUGAAAGUUAAAACUAUUAACAUUAUAAUAUUUUGCCUUGCCUCUAGUUUUAUGCUCUAUAGCAAUGAGAACCUUUUUCAUUUUUACUCGGAAGUGUCAGACCAAAACCAAAAUACUAAUGCUAUUCAUUGGUUUUGCUUUUCCUCUUGUAUUAGUGGCCCCAAGAGCAAAGUGAGCAAGAAAUGUCUAUCAGAAGUUAAAAUGCCCUGGAUUAUAUGAAGGGGGUGAAAACAAACCAAGCAUCCAACUAAAAACCAUUUUGAAAUGUAUUAGUUCAUAUAGGAACAGGCUCUCCUGCAAUAUAAAAUAUCCUUAUUACUGAUUUUCUUGAGUUAUUAACUCAAUAUUUAACUUAGUUAAUAUUCAGUAUUUAACAACAGUAAUUAAGAUGUUCUACUAAUCUUUACUCACCGACAUGAUGAUGUUAUUCAAAAAAGCAUGUUCAUUUCCUCAUGGCUCAUAAAAUAAAAAGCAGUAAGUUCUUUGUAAUAAUUUUUUUCAGGCUAGUAUACACUGUACCUGGAAAAUGCUGAUGACUACUUUCCCUUAAUGUGUAGUCCUGAUUUUCAUUGUGUAAUUGUUACUAUUCAAACACAUGUCCACACCAUAUACUGGAUACAAAAUUAAUAUAGGGUUGUGAUGUAUUUUCAUGAUUAAAUGUUUGUAGUUUGGUUAUGACUAUGUACUCCUCUUACAUAUUUGAUGAAUAGAACAAAAGAAUUUGCCUUUUCUACCUAGUGCUUUCAUGUUUGCCAGAGCCACGUAGGAGCCCGAACCUACAGGGCAGAUAUUGUGUCAAUUACAGAUAAUGCUACGUACAAAGCCAAAAUCUGUUGAUGCCUAGUCUCAAAUGCAAAUUCAGUACUUUGUCUCAUAGGCAGAGGUGUUUAUGUUCUUACUUUCUCUUCAAGGAUUGUUUCGUCCUAGUCAUUUAUGCAGGUAAAUCAACUUUUGUCUUUUCCACUAAAAGACAGAUAUUAUGUCUUUAAAACUACUUUUGCUAUCAUUGGAACCCCUCCCCUUCUCCUUUCACUAAAGUCCUGUAUCACAUUCUUUUCUAGCUAUGCAAAUAUUGUAAUUAAAAAUACAGAUUCUGUUUAUGCCAUGAAUGACAUUGUUUAUCUUUAUGAUUUUGAGAUUGCUGGAACAAAAGUGUCACAUAUUGAGAGUGAGGCAGGGUUGUCAAAGAUAACAUGGAAAUGGCCAUUGUUACAGUUUUGCCUCUCAGUACAUUUAAAGGCAAUGAGAUGGAUCCAAAUGUUUAUACAUUUUCAAAAGGAGAAAAAAUAGUCAAAAAUUGUUGUUCCUAUCCAGACUUGUAAGGUGGUGUAAGACAUUCAAAAAUUCUCAUCUCAUCAUUGCUUUUAAGAUGUGCAUUUACAUGUUUAAAAAACUGUUCUGAGGCAAGAAGAUAUACAAGCAAAAGAUAAACCCAAAUUCUCUUACUACCAAGUAUGUAAGUUAUACAUUGUGAUGAUACAACAGCAUUUUCACUGAAUGUCACUUUGUUUUUCUUUUCUGAAAACUGUUGUUUCAUGAUAAAGCAGUGUUGAAACCUGUGAUUGUCUUUUUCAGCUGAGCAUCCUUUAUUGUUGUCAUGAGAAUUUUGCUUUGUGAGUGAAAUAUCUGUUUUAGCCAGAGUGUUUAAUACUUUAUAUAGUUCUCUCAAAAAAGACUUUCAUUCUUUUGUAUAGAGGCUGUGGUUACAAUCCUAACAUACCACUAAAGUCUACUGACUAAUUCAACCCACAACCCUACCUCAUGAGCACAUUACUCCUUUUAAAUAUUUAGGUAGAGCUGCAUAGAGUUUUCUACCAUGCAGCUGUGGUCCAGAAUCCAGACAUUGCAAAUAUACUAGGUGCUACAAAAAUCAUUUAUUGCAUUUCAUUCCAGGGCUCUGAUGCCUUUAGGCACCUUUCUAACCAGUUUCUCUUGUUCCAUUUGCAGAAACACUGAGUACACUCUGAACCCUAUGAGUAGCCUUUAUAACAUCUAUUUAGACUUUCACUAACCUUUGCUGUCCUUUCAUUUUGUAUGAUAGUACCAUCAGGGAAACUCAUUUUUCCUGAAAUGUACAACAUGAAGCUGACAAGUAGAAAGAAAUUACUUCUGUUGUGUCUCAUACAGCAAAUUAAGCAGGAGAUCUUUGUUGCUGCCUAUAAUCAUUUAAGAGCUGGGUGGAGAUAUUUUGUGACUGAAGCCAUCAGAACUAUCAUUCUUCCUUGGUUUACGUUUUUUUUUUUUAUGUAUGUGCUGGGUAUUACUCUUCAUGGUUUUUAGGACAUCCAGAUAGAGACACUUACAUUUUUGUGUUUCUCUCUGCUACCUUUAUAAAUCUUGAAUUUCACCAUCCUUUGUGAUCCACAACAGCUGUAGGGAAUUUAGCUUUCAGGGCAAUCUUGUCAUCUAACUUUUGAAGCAUAGUUAGGCAGUUUUACAGAAGUGUUUGAAAGAACUUACUGCAUGCAAGUUUAUCUGUCUCCUUAGAUCCAGCUAAAGGUGGAUUCUGUAUUAUGCAUUGUACAUUUCUUUAACAAAGUGUCUUGCUGUUUGAUGACUAGGAUGUUUGGGCAUUAUAAAGGCUUGAUAUUUCUGACCUGAUUUGUGUAUGAUGCUGGUGUAAUUGUUAUGCAGAAGAGUGGAUUGCGCACAAAGAGGUACUGAGAAACCUGUACACUGAAUAUUUGUUGGGGUUUUUUUUAAAACUUUAGUCCAAGGUUGUUGAUUAAGGAUAAUUGAAAAAUGUUAUAAAAAUGGGAGAACAAUUCCAAUGCAUUAAGUUUUGUGCCUUUGGUGUUAUCCAUGGGCAGUAACCAUUGUGACGGCAUGAGAUUUAAAAAAACACUUCAACACCUGAAGUGUUUAAAAAAAACUUUUUCAGUACAGCGACAUUUAAACAAACUUUAUUUGAGUCUAGACUUUCUCACAUAAUGAUUUAUGUUCAUUUUGAGUCAUGAAAUUUUAUAAAAAUUAUUUUCACACUGUAAACAAAUGGAAUAUUUAAAAAUCAAUAUUAAGAAAGUAUUUUAAAUAGUACUUCAUGUUAUCAUUAUAGUUAAUGUUGAAACUGGUGCUAAAACCAUCAACUGAAUAGUCAUCUGCAACAUCAGUCAUGGUGGCAAAGAGACUAAUUUUUUUAAAUAAAAGAAACGUGACAGAGCAUUUAAAAUAAAUGUUAAUGGAAACAAUUCAUUGAAAAUUAAUGCCAGAAGGGUGCUUUGGUUUUUUUCUGUUAUUCUGUUCAUUUUCUUGCGAUAGCUGCAUUCAGCAGGAAUGGACAUGAAACCAUGGAACACUGUGAAAAAGUUAAUUGUGAUUCCGUAAAACAUAAGAGCGGCAAUUUUUAGUUAGGUUAGGUCAGUAGAUAAAGAGGAACAUGUCUGGAUCCCACCAAGUUUUUGGAAAAACAAAACUUAAGUUUGUGACAAUAGUGAGGUCAUCAAACCUGAAACAGUAGUUUAAGUUGUAAAUUUUAUAUUCAAAAUUGUGCAUUUUAGUACAGAGAUUGUACAUGCAUUUUAGUGGCUUGACUUUCAUUUAAUGUUGGUAAAUGCAAAUAGUUGAUUGAUAUUGAUAUAGACCUACUAAGAAGAAAAGUAAACCUUUUUCCAGUAAGCAGAGUUUACUGUCAGUUGCUAUGGAAGCAAGCAUUUAUGGUGAAAAUUGUGCCGUGGUACAAGCAGGCAUGUGUGAUAAACAUCAGCAGAUUUUAAAAUCUUUUUGCAUUGUACGAUCUGUAAUCUGCUAAGAUCUUGGUAUCUGUUUAGGUUAACAGUCAGGUCACCAUUCACUUGUUCUGCUAAAAUCGCUAAGGGUGCUAAUAGUAUAUUUGGAUUUUAUCAGACCACUAAAGGCUCCAUUUGCAACAGUUCAUGCCAGACAAUAAGUAUUGCUUUCAUUUGCUUAUGUUCACAAAAUUGUUCUGCAUCUUUUAAGGGUAUUCAAAAAUAUUCUUGCACAUUGUUUUAGUUUUUAUUUCUUUAUUAUAUUGCAUGUAAGCAGUUUUUUUUUAUGUAACUGUUUUGGAAGAAAAUUAGCUUAUUGAUAAUUCUGUUCCAGUUGUAAUGGAAUCUUUUGAAGCAAUUUUUCUUAAUUGAGUGUAUGAUAAAAGAUUAAUGCAGAAUUGUAUUGGUUUAGGCCACAAGAAUGUCCAUCUUGCAAUGUCCAGAUUUUUGAAGUGUGGAAGUGCAUGAAAGAUUAACAAUACCUCUCACAUUUUCAUCCAUUUCAUGUUUUGACUUUUUGAAGUAAGUUAGUGCUGGGUUAGAAUUUUGAGUGAUCUGGUUAAAUAGCAGCUUUAGUCAAACAGCACAUUUGAAGAAAGCAAAAUUAAGUCCAUCUUCAGUUAAAUCAGUAUUCUGGUUUCAGAUUAGCAACAAACAUAAUUUCACUUUAAAACUAAUAAACAUUUUUAAUAGCCUGAGCAACUGGGAAGAUUGAAGACUGCAUUUUUGUUAGCUCACAGAUGAUCAAACAUUGUAGCUUUUCUCUCCUUUUUAAAAAAAAAAUUAAGAUAGCCAAAAAAGAGAUUAAAGUGCUUUGGGGAUCAUUUUAAUGGCCUGGAGCUAUUUGUUUCUCGGUUAUUUAAUUCGGUUUGUAAAUGUGGAAAUGACAGUUACUACCAGCUUGUGUUUUUUCCCAUGAGACGAAGCUAUGGCAUUACUUAUUGAAAAGUGUUCAGUUUUUGCUUGCUAUACAGUGUUUUUUUUUUUUUUUUGUUUGUAUGUUUUGGUUCUUGUUGACACAUGGAAGAAGAUCUGAAUUUAAUGUGUGUCUGCAAAGUAUGAAUGUGCCAAAUCCAAAAUUAUAUGAAGCAUAUUACCAAUGAACUGUAACUGUUGCACAUAGUUCUAUAGUUGCAUUUAGCAUGUCUUGACCUGUUGAGUGGGUAGAUUAUGUAAGUUUUUGUGCAUCAUUGUUCAUUGUCAUGAUUAUACAAAAUCUGAAGAUCUAAAAUGCAUUAUUCUGCUAUUUGUGAAAGAUGAGUCAAAUGUGACCAACAGUUUUGUGUCUUUGCAAAUCAGCUGUGGCUUUUGAUUUGUAAUAAACUAUGUAGUUUAGAUACACACAUAUAUAUAGAGAGAGCAAUUUUCACCAAAUAAAUAUGCAGAGUAAAUGCCUAUAAUUGAAUAAACUUGUGUCCAGUGCUAAAUUUAAAAUAAAAUUGUCUGUUUCAUUCUCCACGUCCUAUAUCAUUAAUUUGAUCAAAGAAGUUUGUUGUAAAGGCAGAAAAAGCAUUCCAGAGCAAAGAGCUGUAUAUUAAUAAAGGAAUGACCUGUGUGGGAUGGAUUCUUUAUCUUAAUUUUACAUUUGAUUCCCACAUUUCCAUUACUUUUAUAGAUUCCCCUUUGUGAACCUAUUACAAAGAGUGCCUGAAUAUGCAAAUGUGGGAUGUAAAGGAUGUGAUGUGAAUAAGCCUUCAGUUUGACACAAAGACUAUGUGACACAAGUGCAUAGCAUGUUAUAAUACAUAGUGUACAUACAAAUUGUUUCAUUAUUUUGGAGACUGGUGAUGUAAUGCAAUGUGAAAAGUUUCAUAUCACUGUCAUAUUGUAAAUAUUUAGUCUUAUUUUUUCUCUUUGAAACAUGCAUUUACCUUGAACAUGACAGUUAGCUUGUUAAAUCUUGAGCUUGUGUUAAUGUAAUAUGUAUUGGAUGUUUAUUUCUUUUUUUUAAUUGGUAAUUUUGUUUCACUCAGGUGAAUGUAAAUAUGCAAUUGUUGAUAUUUUUGAAGUUCAUGUAGUUGCACUAUAGACCGGGAUUUUCAGUGUUGUGCUAACUGGCAGAAAUUAACCUAGUUGCCAUGGUUUGUCAUUGGAUUGAAAGGGCAGAGCAGAUGAAACUUAUAGGUUAGGUUUGGAUUAUUCUUGUCUUUACUGCACUUUGCCUAUCACUAACUUAGUCACCUCAAAAAGCAGCAGCAACAAAAUAAGAUACCCAGUAAAUCUGUGAUUUCAUGUCUAUCUUACCUCAAUUGGCAUCAAAAGGACAACACUUACUUAAGAGAAAUGCUUUUAAACUGAGCGAUAAAGUGCAGUGGCCAGUAAUGUAGGUUCUGCUAUUAAAUUUACUUUUUUUUUUUUUUUAGUUAGUUCAGCAACAGACCUUAGCAUUUGGUGUUUCUUUAAAUAAAGAAAUGUUGAUUCCAUGUGUUAAUAUGGAAGAAAGCAUGGGGUAUGAUGGAUUAUUUCACCUGCAGUAUCCUUGUCGAUAUGUACUGUUGGCAUAUCUCCUGUAGGAUGUUGCUUUCUUGGAGUUCAGGUAAGGCUUUGUAGUUUUGUUAACUAUGCCAAGUACUUCAAACAGCACUCAUUGUAAUAUGUUUAAGGUUCAUAUUGAAUUUUGUUGUUUCAGUUUCUUUUGCACUUGUGCUUUUCUGUUGUGUCAGAAAUACAAUAAAGCAAGCAUUUGUUUUUCAUUCUCAUAGCAAUGUGUAAUAUGUAUUUAGAUUAAAUUAAUCUUUUUUAUGUCAUAGAUGUUAGAUGAUUUGUUAGAGAUUUAGCGUGAAAGUUGCAAGCUGCAAUGUGUGAAAGGCUAGUUUUGGCUAUAAAGUUGUUCUUGGCCUCUUGGCUUACCUUAUUAGAAAGGGCAAAAAGAAGUAUGAUUGUUAAGAAUUUAAACAGGUGCCUAUCAAUUUUUGGCCUGACCAAACUAGACGCGUACUGUUAAAAUGUAUCGUUACAUAUCGGUACGUUGACAUAUAUUUGUGAAACUUAAA